UUGAUGCUAUCUGAAGGCCGCAACGGUAAUUAACAAAGUUUCUUCCGCGCCCUACAUUACACUCAGACUACUACAGCGUUCCAACGGCAUUGCAGCGCCGAAUGCAAUGGCGAAUCCAUCACAAAGAAGGCUGUGUGUAGUCUGAAAAUCUGGUAUGGCUGUCUAAAACGGAAGAUGAGUCAAUACGAAGUGAAGUGCAUUGAAAAUUGAAUUGGAGAUAUCUCCGAACUGUGUCUAAUUUACGAAGUUUUUAUCACCAGUGCUGCCUGCAAGAAAAUGAACGGCUUAAGUCUCAGUGAGCUGUGUUGUUUGUUUUGUUGUCCUCCUUGCCCAACGAGGAUUGCUGCCAAACUGGCAUUCUUGCCACCAGAACCUACCUACAACUUUCAAGCGGAUGAAACGGGUUCGAAAUUUAGUUUGAAUUUGACAGAAAGAGCCGAGUGGCAAUACUCCGAGAGAGAAAAGGAAAAUAUUGAAGGUUUUUUCACAAGAACUUCCCGAGGAAAUCGAAUAGCCUGUUUGUUUGUGAGGUGUAGUACAACAGCUCGGUUUACAAUAUUGUUUUCACACGGUAAUGCCGUAGACUUAGGACAAAUGAGCAGUUUCUAUCUAGGGUUAGGUUCACGGAUAAACUGUAAUAUAUUUAGUUAUGAUUACUCAGGCUACGGGGUCAGUACUGGAAAGCCAUCGGAAAAGAAUCUGUAUGCAGAUAUAGAUGCAGCAUGGCACGCUUUACGAACUAGGUAUGGUAUAUCACCCGAAAAUAUUAUAUUAUAUGGCCAGAGUAUUGGGACUGUGCCAACAGUGGACCUGGCAUCGCGUUAUGAAGUGGGAGCUGUCAUUCUCCAUUCACCGCUUAUGUCUGGAAUGAGAGUCGCAUUCCCCAAUACCAAGAGGACGUGGUUUUUUGACGCCUUUCCUAGCAUUGACAAGGUUCCAAAAGUCACAUCCCCAGUACUAGUGAUACACGGUACAGAAGACGAAGUCAUAGACUUUUCACAUGGCCUUGCUAUUUACGAAAGAUGUCCACGAGCAGUUGAACCUUUAUGGGUUGAUGGUGCUGGCCACAAUGAUGUUGAACUGUACUCUCAGUACUUGGAACGCCUGAAGCAGUUUGUCUCUGUAGAACUGCUCAACUGACAACUACUGCCACCUGGUGAGGAAUCAGAACAUAAUGCAACGUCAACUGUCAGCUCUGCAACCACUAGUUCAGUGACUGAAAAGCUUCUCUAGCUAACCGACACACUGACAAAUCAGACAGUUGGCGAACUAACUAAUAGUCCCACCAGUCCUCAAGACGAAAAAUCUGAGAGUGAGCCUUCAACCAGUAAACCAGCUGUUCAGCCAGAGAAAUCUUCUUGUAAGUCAUCAGCACCAACUGCAAAGGCAACCACAGCAGAAACAGUUAGUACAACAGCAGUCAUAAAUGCUCCUUAUGAACUGCCCAGAGAGACUACUUGCUAAAAGUUGGUAUUAUUUUGUGUGUGUCUGAUGAACUGUACAUAUUCAGCCUUGGGCAGUUGUGCUGAUAAUGAAGAAUAAAUUGCCUAUCACAUAUUGAUUGCCUGAUAACGUUACAUAAGAAGUGAAUCCUAGUGCUUAAUAAAAAUAUGGGUUAAGAGGAGGUUAAUAGUUUCCAAAAAUUCCCCAUUGAUGUAUCAUUAUGGCAGGGAAAAUGUUAUUGUUUUACCAAUAUUGCAAUAUUACAGAAUAUAUAUGUAUAUAAAAAGAUAUAUAUAUAUAUAUUCAUUUUUGUGUACAAACAUUUGUUACAUCUUUUGUAUCGGUAAAAAAAUUGUGCGUUUAAUUAAGCAGUGUAUUGUGUACACGGACAUAAUCCAGGCAAGAAAUGACAUAAGUUAUCAAAGUGUGAUACAAGAAAUAAUAGUGAAAUCAUUCUCAGAAUUUGCUAUAUUUUAGAGCUGUACUUGUUUAUACUGAUGAUAUGCUCAUGUGCAAUUUUUGUUACUGUAAGGAUGACAAAAUACCAAGUGUGUGAAUGAGUGAUGUAGUCACUUCAUAGAGUAUAACAAAAGAAGAAGAAAAAUCACUCGAUGAAUUUACUUUUGAAUAUUCGUAUCGUGAGAAGUUCUCCAUAAUUUUAUAUAUAUUUGUGUGUGUGUGUGUGUGUGUGUGUGUGUGUGUGUGUGUGUGUGUGUGUGUGUCAUAUAGUGUGGUGCUCAGUUUUUAUGAGGAAAUAUUCAUAUUAUAAUUUAUUGUCUUGUGUGAGUUCACCAAGGAGAUUUCACACUCACGAUGUUAAUUAUAUUAAAUUAAAGCAGUAAACACCUUCCAAUAAAAUAUUUGUAUCUGUUAUUAAUAACUAUUCCUUCUGAUUUAUCAUGACAAUAGUUAGACCUGAACUAAAGAUACAGAAGACAGCUUUGUUCUCUUUACUUAAGACCCAAGUAAACUGAGUCUAUUUAGUUGUAGUUUACAAGUUGUUUUUUGCCCAGUGUGUUCUAUUCUUCAUAUUUUGGUUUGUGAGAUUUGUUAUGUUGGCUUAAAUAAUGCAUGGAUUUUAAAUGUAAAUCACAGAUAAUGUUGUUGUUCUAAUUCUUUAAGAAUGUUAUCUUUUGGAAAUUUUUGAGCAUUAUUGAACUUUUGCUAGCAAGACCAUAACUGUAUUUCCUCAGAAGCCUGACAAGAAGUGGGAUAAAUGAAGUUGAUUUGAUUUGUGCUCAUUUCUAUUGGAUGUUGUGCAAAAUUAAUUGUUCUUCCAGUUGCAGAUUUGUGCCUGUGUAAUAAACACACUUUUUGAGGGUUGAUAUUGACGUAUGUAUUCCAGCCCUAACUGCCAAAACAUUCAGAAUUGAAAUGUGAAACCAGAUUUCCCAGUGUUGUUUUUUUAUCGGUCCUGAUAAUUUGUUUAAUUUAUAUAUUAUUGUAAGUUCAUGUAAAGAACUGGAUACACAAUUUCUUAGACUCUCUCUCUCUCUUUUUCUUUUUAAAGAUAUUCUUGUGUUUAGUGGUCAUAUGAAAGGUAAUCUGUCAUACACAGACAUUUCAUUUUAUGUUGCCAUGUUUGAUACCACUAAAGGAACUACAUUGUGUUACACUACAUUUCAUGUAAUGAAGUGAUUCAGAAGAAGUUGGUCUCUCUGGUUGUACAUCUUGUUGUCACAUGUAUAUGCAAAAUGUUUUAUUUCUUUAAAAAAAAAAAAAAACCUGUUGUCAUUUGUGGUUUCAUGGAUUUCUUCUUCUGGUUGUGUGUGGUUUUUCUGCUACGAUACAAAACUUAUCUUAAAAUAUCACUUUACAGUCAUGUUAACAAAUUGGUUUUAAUUAGCAUGAAAAAUUGAGAACCUUCAGCAGCUGAAGUGUUCAUCUUCUAACAUAGUUUUCUGUCAGAUUUUGUUUUAUUUUUGAACACUGUGCUAGUUGUGGAAUAGUAAUGCUGGGAAUUUAUAUUUACAGUUAAUGCCAGGAAAGUCACCUCUCACUGCAUUUGCAGUUCUAAAAACAGAUAGUUACUGUGAGGAGGUAAAUUUUUUUCCCUGAUUCUGCAAAACCUUUUAUUUUAUUCGGUUGAAACUUUGUGAUGACAAUGUAAUACUCAGUUUAUAGAACCUUUGUCGCAUGAACAGUCCCAUUUAAAUAUUGUUACUGUUCAAAAAGAAAAAAGAAGUGUUAGAAUGUUUUGCUGAUAUGAACCAGUUAUGUCAAAUGUCCUCCAGCUUACAAUGCUAUUGUUCAGCAUGAAACUUAAUCUUAGAAAACAAAAUAAUAAUACACCUAUUAAAUAAUAAAUAUGUUCUGUAGUUGCACUAAUGCUGUAUGAACAAAUUAGGCCAAAAAACCUGUGAAGUUAUUUGGUGGAAUUUUGCAAAAUAUGGUAAUUGUUUUACAGAGUUUCCUUGUUCUUAGUAAACUGAGUCAUUGUCAUUUAGCACAAUCAAUAAUGUGGAUAUAUUGACAGAACAAAAUGUGAUGUAUAGUUUCCUUUGGAAUAUAUUCAUAAAAGAAAGGUCAGCAAGUGGUUCAGCUGUAAGCAGUGAGAGGGAUGAAUGAUGUAAAUGAGAUGCUUAGUGUAUAUACUUCAUCGAAUGCAACUAUUUCUUUGAGGCCUCAUAAGUGGACCAGCAUUUGUGUAUUACAACCAGUAAUGUGUAAUGUGGACAAUGCUGAAUUUAAUACACUAUAUUCUGAAAAAUUCUUUAUCUUUUAACACCAAAAAUAAAAGGAAUACAUUAUUUCAGUGAAUUUUGUUAUAUUUACCUAAGUAAGUGCCUCACUUUGCAAUGUAUUUUGUGCAAAAUCUGACAAUCAAAUCAAUCAUUUAAUUUUCGUUAUCUCACUACCACAUUCUAGCAACUGCCAAAGUUUAUAUGUGGGUUCUUGUCGUGUGAAUUCAUGUGUUAAAUGCAGUUGCUUUGUAGGUUCUGGACUUGAAUCUCAAAGAUGCACUUAAUAACGAAUUAGGUUUCAGUUACAUUUGUUAACAUCAUAUAUAUUAUUAGUGUCGUACACAAAAGUUUGAAAUUUGAGCAGGAAUGCAUACUGCCAUAAUUACUUUUGAAUUAGGUAUCAGGUUAAGUGCAAUGUGGAGAGAAAGGAAGAAAAGCAGAGAAUGAUUUUUGUUUGGUAGUACUGAACUUAUUGUGCCUCUGGUUAUUAGUACCAUUAUCAUUCAAAAGUAUCUAGAGACAGAAUUCUUUUAAAAUAGUAUGAAUUCUUUUUGGUCAAUAAAUCAUAUUCGACUGUACUUAAAAUUGUGUCAUCUUUGCCCACAUAGAAAUCAGCUACACAGGGACCAAUUGUGUCAUCCAUAUGGGCAGCAAGGUACAGAGUGAAUGUUUGAUAAUUGUUUGACUUUUAUUGUUGCAGUUCUUAAGUUAAUCUUGUACCGUGUUAAUGAAAAGGUGACUUAAUGGAUUCAUACCUUCCCUUAUUCAGUAACAAUUUUUCAAUGGAUUUUGUUUGGUAUUACAUGCUAGGUGCACAGCUGGUUUUUCUUCUCCACAAUAUCCCUUAUGGUGUCCGCUGUUAAGAAUCGUACAGUUGCUUCCAGUUAAGCAGUCUUCCAUUUGAAGAUUUUAUAGAUUCAUAUUAUUAGAGAGUAAAAGAUUUGCUUUCUGUUAAUAUUAGAAGUAAAUUUAUUUGUCUUUAAUUGUCUAUGUAAGCUACCUGAAGGUAGAUAGUAGUGAACUAACAUUCUCAGAACUAAAAGCUUAUCUUUAUGAAGGUAAAGGCUGGAGAAUGAUGAAAAUAUCUGUAUCAAUAUUGUGGAUACAAAAAGAGAUAAUAAGUCACUUAGAAUUGCAUUCCAAAUAAAAAAGUAAGUAAUCUGUGUAAUGCAUACGAAAGUGAAGUGCAGGAGUGGGAGGUGUAUAAAUCAGUGUCCUAGAAAUGAUGGUGGUUGUGGUAAGAAAAAUCUUUAACUAUUGAACAGAUUGAGGGGAGUGGGUGGAGGAGGUGUUCGGAAAAAAAGGCAACAAAAAAUUUAUUAUAUAUGAUAACAAAAUGAAAGAGAAGUAAGGCGGACAAGGCAUAAAACUUUGAGGUUUUCAUGAUGUAUUUGUUAUACAACAGAUCAUUGGUGAACUUUGUACAAUAAAUUGUAUAAAAUUCUCAAUUUAUAGAGAUUGCAUGUCAAAAAUUGACCAAGACAAUUGGAUACAGUAAAGUACAAUAUCAGGAACAUCCAUUGUAAAAGAUCUCACUUCAGACUUAAAAGCAACUGUAUUUAAAGACAGGGAGACAAUUGUAAAUCUGUGCAGGUUGUGGCUGGUACUUGAGCAAGAAUGGUUUGCGCAUUACCUGUAAGCUUGAAUUGUUUGCACCUAUAAUUUCUGAUGUUUCAUUGUUUUCUCAAAAAUGUUGACCAUCAUGUACUUAUUAACACUCAACAGUGUCUUCUUCAGAGGUGAUGUAGAUAGUAUUAGAGAAAUGAGCUGACAAGUCUCCUUUUCUUCUUAUGGAAUAAGUAUGAGAUAAAAAAGACUUCAAACUGUUGUAUCAUGAAAUACAAAUAUAAACUUUUAUUAAUUGA